CUGGUUAUAAAAGACAGACCGCAAGAAGCGGUAGCGGCUUGGAUCCUGGAUCGGAGGGCGAGACCAGCAUUUGCAGGCGAUAUAGGGCAGGGAUUGAUUUAUCAGCGAGGUGUCUGACAUAGUGAAACAAAUCAUCGGGUCUCAGAGUCUAAACUCCAAGUGCCUUGGGAGAGCGGAUCAGCUGAUGCCUUUCCCUGUUUGAUGUUCCCCCUCUAUCUUCAGCCUGGACGCCUGGAGAGUGUUUUGUUUCCUAGGUAUAAAAUUAUACAUCUAGACCCACCGACAUGUUACAGACCCUGAGGAGAAUGGUGUACGGCCCUGCUCUGGCUAGUGCUUUUUGCCGGAGUCAAGUUCUUUAUUCGACGACAUCCCCUUCCUCCUGGACUAAAGUGGUGUCUGAGGCAGAGAAGAUUGUUGGAUACCCAACUUCCUUCAUGAGUCUCCGCUGUCUGCUCAGUGAUGAGCUGAGCAAUAUUGCCCUUCAUGUCAGGAAAUUGGUUGGGACAAAGCAUCCUUUAAUAUCUACAGCCAGGGGCUUUGUCUAUGACAGCGGGAAUAAUCUUCAACUGCGAGGUCUCGUCGUCUUAUUGAUGUCAAAGGCAGCUGGACCUAGCAAAACAGCUGAUCCUCCACUCGAAGGUGACUUGGUCAGUGGAAUUUACCCCAGUCAACGGAAUCUGGCCGAAAUUACAGAACUGAUCCACACAGCUUUCCUCAUACAUCGCGGAAUAGUGAAUAUUAUGGAGGUGACAUCAUCUCAUGGACCAUUGAAGGAUAUGCAAUUUGGCAAUAAGAUGGCUGUCCUGAGUGGAGACUUUCUCCUUGCAAAUGCUUCUACAGGUCUUGCUCAGUUACAGAACACUAAGGUUGUGGAGCUUGUAUCAAGUGCAAUUGGAGACUUGGUUCAAGGCGUGUAUUACGAAAAUGCUCGAACUGAUGAGGUUACUGAUGACAUCCUGAUGACUAACUGGGAGGAGCGGAUUUUUCUAUCGCAUGGUGCUUUGCUGGCAAAGAGUUGUCAAGGUGCAAUGCAGCUGGCGAAACAUGACACAGAAGUUCAAGAAAUGGCAUUUCAAUACGGAAAACACAUGUCUUUAGCUCACAAACUGAAUUCUGACCUUCAGCCAUUUGUUGUGGAAACUUCCUGUGACACGAUGCCUUUUAGUUUGAACUCUGCUCCAGUAAUCUUGCAUCAGGAGGCUUCAGGUCGGGACACUUGGAUGAAUCAACUUAAACAGGCUAAAGUGAAUGGAAGGCAAGCUGAUUACGCCAAGUUGCAUCGAAUUAUCAAGGCUGGAAAAGGUGUGAGUUCAUCUCUUGAUUUGUGCUAUUACCAUGGAAACCAGGCUUUGGAAGCCCUCCGAUGCUUUCCUACUUCUGAAGCCAGAUCAACUCUGGAAAACAUUGUUUAUGCUGUGACCAAAUUCUGACUGGUGGAAUUGCACAUUGACAGAAAUCAAACUAUAAUAAAUCUUUGUGGAUAAGCUGUUGGUGAGGCCUGCCACUUAAUCUUACUUUCUUUAAAAAAAUGAAUAGUUUGUGGCAAUUGAAAUGUUGCACAGCAAUGGAGAAAGGCUGUACUUUUAAUCACAGUGAAACAAAGCAAGAUAGCAAAACCCUCCCCGCCCCUUGUAUGCCUGCAAACAAAUUUGCAGAAAGGUCAAACAGUUUUCCCUUGUCAUGCCAGAAGCACACUGGAGGCAACAAGGGCAGAAAUAAUUAAUGAGAUUUUCUGCUGUGACCUCAGCAAAUGGACAGGAAAUAAGGCCGUAUUGAUUGGACACAACCAAGGAUGGCGCCACAGUGGUGGCCUGUGGUUUUUCCCUACACUUGGAGGGCGGGGGUGGGGGUGGUGCGGGGAGGUGGUUGGAAUGAGACUGCAGGUGUUGGAAGAAACACUUCAUAACCUGUCUGAUAGAUCUGCUAUGUCAGAAUAAUAGUCCAGUUUGUCACCGUGCAGGGCAAUUGUAAGGAUAAGGAUUUUUUCUGAGUAGUAGCUUAAAAAAUUGUAAAUUGUCUAAGUUCUGAUUUGUGAAUUGUGGAAAAGAUAGUUUGAUUUACACAGAAUAUUGUACUUUACACAUACAAUCAAGAUUUUUUUUUCACCAUUUUUUUGUUACUGUCAAUUUUUCUUUAGGGAUUCCCUGUUUGUUGGGAAAGUCCAUGUUUAUACCUUCAGCCAGGUACAGCUGUUAACUUGUGUAAUGCUACAAUAGCAAAGAGAUGAUUUGUUUACUUAUUAAAGCUAGUAAAGAUUUAUUUAUUAAUUUGUACGUGCCUGUUUUGCAUCCUCCCAAAAAUUUGCCUUUUUGUGAUUGUAUCUGUUGAUGGCUCUAAACAAAGGUUGAGGUAUGUUUUUAUAAUAAAAUGCAAUAACCAAAA